AUGAAGCUUAAUGAAAAAUGGAACACGCUCAUGACCUGGAGUGAGGAGAUAGAGGAAGAGGCGAGGCUAUAUUCGGCUGGAUAUAAAACUACUAGAGCAACCGUGAGGAUCAGAUCUCAGUCGCCGUUCUCAUCAAAAGACCACUCGACUCUGCAACAAAAAAUUCGUGUAGGCUUUCCAAACCUUGACAGUAUGGGACCUCGACUUCGCCGUCUACCCCAGGGUACAAAGUAUGGAUGCGGCGGCUAUUUCAAGCAUGCGCCAGGUGGAAACCUCCUGACGGUCGCGUGUCUCUACUACCAAAACUAUGGAGACCAGUUGCCACGAAGUAUGAAAGCGUUCUUCGAGAAGCUCAAUGAACAGUACAACACAAACCUGGUGUGGGAUGAAGGUGUAAGGAAGGAGGCGUUGCUGCGUUCGGAAGGCAAAUCCAGAACUACUUCCGCUAGCGUGAGGGUCACAGCAGAGUGGCCGUUCAAGAAGAGUGAUAACUCAUCACUGGAAGUGAAAGUGCUUGCAACCAUCACAAACCUUGACUCAAUGAAACAUCGACUCCAACGCCUCGCAAAGAAAAAGUAA